GUUUAUUAGAUGGUAAAGAGAUCGAAUAGACGGCUCAUGGCAAUGUUGGAUGAAUAAGGUGAGAAUCACUCUUUUUACACUUCCUUUUUCCAAAGCAGAAACUUUUGGGACGAUUCUUGUAAGAUUUGUUGUCUCUUUUGUCUUUGACAUCGGUUGUUGUGACUUUGUAGUGGAGUUCAGGAGUCCAUUAUUCCCGAAAUUUUGCGUAGCGUGUGCUCGCGUUUCUGACUAUUACUACCGGUUUUAAUCUCCUCAGGAUGUUUCGUGUUAUCUGUUAACAGUUCCAAAACCCAUGAAAGAAAUUUUAGACACUAUAUGCCCGGACACAUUAGAGACUUAAAUAUCUCGUUCGUGUAACUCGAAAGGUUUUAGCCCUCUUUGUGAAUAUAGCGUGUUGCCAACAUUGGAAACGGCACUCAGUCGUUCAUGUCAAGAAUAAUAACCUCAAUAUUCUUACCCCUACCCAUAUUUGAUUGUUGAUCCUCGACACCGAAUUGCGGUUGCGAUCUUUUCUAAUGCUUGGGCUUCCUAAAUACGCGUUUCAAUGUGUACACAGUGCUCCGUUAUAUGCGGCGUUGACUUCUUUCGUUGAUUGUGUACUUUGGCCUGCUAUAUUCAUUGUCUAAUUGAUUCCAUUUCGUUUUCUGUACGCCAUUAUUGUUGUGGAACUAUUAACUAAUGUUCAUCGUUAUUAGGUGAAAAAUUCAUCAUUACGUUGUUAGAAAAAGGUUACAGACCAGUCCGAUGAUUCUUUGAUUUCUCAGUGGAAAACAAAAAGUUCGGUAAACACAAGACAUCGCGCUCUGUUGGCGAUUUUAGAAUGCAAAUUACCGCAAACCAUUAAUCAAAUAAAAUGAUCAGUUUUUUAUGCGUAUUUUUAUUCACAAAAAGCACUGCUGGUUCUAGCGAGGAAAAUUUAAGACCAUAAUACCUUGGAAAUUCGUUUAAAAAACUACACUGUGUUAUUAAAAUGGUAGGAAAUCAACAGGUCAUUCGGUCACCAAUCGAGUCCGUUGAUUGACUACUUGAAAUGCUACGUAUGAUAAGAAGUAAUUAGAGAAGAGGGUAGGGCAAAAUCUUGGCCUGCUUUACAAUUGCAGAAUUCUUCAUCUUCAAGAAUUGUAUCGUGUUGGGUAUGAGCCUGUCUUGCUUCAGCACAUUUCGGCGAACCCUUUAUCAAAUAUACUUCAUUUGCAAGUGAAAGUAAACCUGAAAAGAAGCUCUAAUACGUCACUUCCGGUUGUGAAAGAAAAGAAAAGAAAAAUUUAAGAAAGAUUAAAAAAAUUCCCAUUUUUGUUGUGAAAUUUGCAGCGUAAGUCUAGACAAGACUAAUUCACCAAAAACAUAACCUCGGGGCAAUUUUUUCGAAUACCUGCGGAUUUUACUAACUUCCGACAUGUGUCUCACUAGAAGAACAAGUUUGGUUUGGAAGCAUCACUAAUUGAUAAGAGUAAGAGAACCCUAUAAACAAAUAGCCGGGUAGGAAAAAGGCGAACUUGUACCCUCAUUGUUUGUGGCAAAUUAAAGGGUUUAUGUCUCGUGGAGUGAUAAUUUGUCAGCGAAUUAUACAAUCAAAGAACUCCUGUCACGUCAAUUUUUCGCUAGAUUAGCGAUCCAUACCGUAUAUUUUAUAAGAAGAUUCGGAAGGGAUGAAACACCUUCACGUAUUUUUAUGUUAGAAUUAUUGUCGUGGUUGGCAACGGCCAGUAUGAUUGUAGAGUCAAGAUACACAUUUUUACAGUCUUUCUACGGUGUAUCAGUCGUUGUUAGGAAGUAAUUUUACCGCGCGUCAUUUUACAAAGUCAUGGUGUUGAGUUUUCUUUGUCGGAUUCUGGAGGAUCGGAAAAGACUAAGGACUUGUUUGCAUAAUGGCUGAAACUCUGAAUAACUUUAGUCAGAAAUUAUAAGAUGCCAACAUCAAAAAAUGCAAAAACACUGACUAUUUUGACCGGUUUUUGUGGCCUUUAGAAGUUGGUUGAGGGUGAAUCUGAAAAAAGAAGGAAGGCUCGGAGUUCUUUUCUUGAUUGUGACGUCAUCUUCCUUAGGCCAUUCGCUUGUAGAUCUAGAAUUUCAAUCAAUCAUGCCGGUUUGUCGAAGCUGUCGGUCAUUUGACUAAAAUGACUAAAAUUAAAUUUCCUCUAAGAUCCUUAGAGCGAUGCAACGCAAUCUUUGCGCAUCAGGUCAGGAUUAGGAAAGAUAUGUUCAUGGCGUGAAAACAAAAGCGUUUUUUGUAUAGGAGUCUUAACAUAUAAGAAAAGACUUUUAAAAUCUCGCACAGCAGAUCUGUAGAGCUUAAGUUUUAAAACUCUUGGUUCAAAGUAUUACUAAUUCUAAGGAGUUAUUGACCGUAAGGAUAGACGAGACACUGUCUCCUUGCCAUUUAGCGUCUCAUCUUUAUUUCCCUUUUGUCGACGUCUACACGGCAAUGUAUGAAGCAUCAAGAACGUUUAGAUACAAAAAGAAUAUAGGUAUAUCAUCUUAUUGUAUUUUAAGAACUUAGUGUUAAUUAAUGAAAAAAAAUCUUAUAAUCUCUAGUACGUGUUACUAGAAAAAAAAUGAGGACACAUUAUUGGAUUAGAAAAAAAAGUUUAAAAAAAACAUGAUGCAAGAAAAGCAACAUAGGCCGCUCUUAUACGAGUUUUUUCUGCUAAAGAAGAAACAUUUUUCGCUGUAUUGUUCUUUGUUGCAAGCCCGUAACUUGAGAGCAAUAUCACUUGAAACGUCAUUUAGUACAAAGCAUUUUUUAUGGCGAUUGACGUGUGGAGUUCAUCCGCUUUCAGUGUGUUUAACACGGACAGCUUUUGUUCAACGGGAAUUUCGACUAAGUUCGUCUAUCUCAAUGAUGAUAUUUUUCCGUUUUAAGCUUAUUAUGUAGAUCCGUUUGUGGUAACUGUCAACUGGUGAAAAGAAAAAGGAAAACAGCUAUGUCGACUGAGACGCAGAACUUUAGGAGUAGAAGUAGGACUCUUCCUGCAAGAGUGAAGAUUGAGCAAAGGAUUGGACAAGACACAAUACCUAGGCCACGAUCACCCAUGAGAAGGUAACACUGGUGUUUGUGUGUUCUGUGUAGAAUUUAGUUCAGUCGAUGUAAUUGUUCUAAUACGGGGAUUCGUGUCGUAAAUUCUUGCCCCCUUGAAGUCAGUUAUGCCCCAACUGUGAUAACUUGUUCACCACGUAGCAGAAACAGUAUAUGUGAAUAAUUAAGCGCGUAAAUCAGAUACAUUUCCCAGUGUUCGAUUACAAAGUAGUUUGUAACACCCCAUUCAUAAGUUAAAACUUCGUGAUGGAUCGAAAGUAGCGUUCAUGGCAAAAGACAGAGACUGCUGAUGUUCGCGUGCGUUUUCAUUGAUGUAUCAUGCUCGAGACAUAAAGAGUUAUAUUUACAAGGACAUUAGUCGUGUUUAUUUUAUUUCGACGUAAAACAUAGCCUGUUCCAGGCUCCACUAUCUGAGAGCCUGGAACAGGUUACGUAAAACAAUGUGCAUACAAUAUGUUCAAUAAGUUGUUACCAUUGCGUUUAACUUGUAACUCCAAACACUUGUGAGCAGUUUCGAAACAAACGUUUAGCGAGAGAUGUUAAAUAUGUACGACCUUGUUGUCUGUGUGAGCCUUUUGCAGAACAGUGGAAUGCUCGUGGGGCGUUUACAGAUAUGUUUGUUUGUUUUGUUUUGCAGAUUAGCAGAUAUCCUAAAAAGGAAAAAGAAGCGAGGAAAGGGGGAUGCUGAUUCAUUCAAUAAAUUGCCAUUGGAGAAGCAAGCGUGGUUUCAUGGCAAGAUAACGGCAGAUUUUGCUGAGCGUUACUUGCGUCGUGACGGGCACUUUUUGGUGCGGGAGGAUCCUGCUAAGCCUGGAAGCUGCUUUAUAGUGGUGCGGCACAAGCGAGAAUCUAUUCAUGUGCCUCUCUGUAAAGUGAACUCGUCCAAAGGGACGAGGAUCAAGUUUAGAACUGAGGAUUCUGAAAAUAGCUUUGACUCAAUACCCGAACUCAUCAACUAUUACGUUUCGGAAGGAAAACCGUUGUCCCCAAAGACUCAAGCUGUUAUUACGCACGCCGUGAGCCGUGAUGCCACUCUGUUAUCAACCGAUGACUUUCAUAACAGAUAUGUUUUCAAUGCAAGCCCUUCUAACGGGUGUCCACCAAAAGCCCCAGGAACUGGUCCUUUGCGGCAAAAGAAAUUGGACAAAUAUACACGAAAGAAUAGUGACCCUGGAUUGCAUUUUACUGUUAACAACGGCAGUAACGUUUUGUCUGAGAAACUUAAUGGUGUCCAUGUAGCCUCAGGCAACGUAAUAGGUACAGUUCAGUCAAAACAAAGACAAAAGAUCCCAGGGCAGUUCCUUGAGAAGGCUUCCAAAGAAGAGAACAUAUCAGAUAGGUUCUAUGAGGCGCCAUUUGGAGAAAAUGAAACAAACAUUGAAGGAGAAAUCGCGGAAGACCCUUACCAUUAUUAUGAAAAACCUGACUUAAAAGUUGAUUCAGACAAUUUUUAUGACAAGCCAACCGAACCCAAAAAUUCGACAAUAAGGAGAGAGGAGAAGAGAGAGGAAAACUGUGUUCUCGAAAGUGAGGAAAGCUUUAGUGUCAAUCCUGAUCAAACACAAGUUGGAGAAAGUUUUUAUAACGAACCAUCGCUCGAGAAUUAUUCUCAAGCGAUGAAUGACAGGCCUCCGAGCGUGGGUAGCCAAAACAGCUUGGGUAACCAGUUAAAUGAUAGUGCAAACCAAAGUCCAGAAGAUGUCUAUGACAAGCCUAGAGCCAGCACGGAGGGGUUGUAUGACAGUCCUAAAGGAAGCCGAGACGAUUUGUAUGACAAACCUCCUCCAAGACCCAAGAGAGUGGUGUCAUUUCGAAAAUCAGACCCAACAUUGUCCGACAAAGAGGUGCUGCCUAGACCAAAGCUUGUGUCAAGGUCUAGCGCACCUUCUUCACCCUCCUGCCCUGGUGAAGGAUUGCUUGCUGUGCAGUCUAAAAUCGAGGAUGGUGUUUUUCCCGACAAAAGGCAUUCAGGAGAUAAUUUGACGGCGGCUCAGAUCAAAGGCGUGUCAUCUGAGGGAGUCAAUAAUACAUCUGACAAACCAACUGGGGCUGAAUCCAAGCUGCGUUACUCUACGCCACCGAAAAAACCACAGCGUCCAUCUCUUUCAAGAUCAAAAUCCGAACAAAGCCCGCAUUCAAAGCAGGAUUUUUACGACAGCCCACGUUCCAAGUCAGUCUCAGCCGAUGACAGCGCUUUCAAGUCAGAAGAGACAGCCACAAGAUUGCAGCCUGAAUCGCCAAAGCCCCUGGACAAAAAAGGAAUAUUUUUAAGUGUGAUGAAGAAAAUUGGUGAGAAACUCCUCACCCCUUUCUUAGAGACCGACUGCCUAACCCUUGCUCGACACAUAACCCGCGUGGACCUUGUUUUAGUGUGGGGUGAAGAGCCUCAUCGUUGCUCGUGGAGCAUUGAGGAUGGCACUGGAGGAGCCAAAGGAUUGGAAAUAUUGACGCUUCCUCAAGGAAGAGAGAAAAGAUCCGAGUUACUACAAAGGUGAGCAGUAAGGAGGCCGUACUUUUUUUGAAUAUCUUUUUUCGCUCCUCUUCUGCCAUAAUCCAGACUCAAACUUCGUACAUAUAUCUUUAAGUCUUUGAUUUCCAAGAAAGCUGAACAUCGAGUAUCAUUUUUUGCGACGGUACUUUUAUCCUCCAUGCAGUUUCUUGGGGUGCUCACUUUAUCGGGCUUCACCCAAACAAACUCGUGAACAUUUCCACGCGUACUAUUCUAUCUUAAUUAACGUAUCACAAUCAGAAAAAUAUAUCAUAAUUUAAAGAAACCAUAUGCAGUAUUAUACUUAAGGAUUUUUGGUUGUGUACUGUCUCUUAGUGGGGCGAGGCUUAUCUUUACUGACUGAAAGACUCACAGAUCGGGGUUACAAGCCCUACUCAGUGAGGCUUACAGAUCUAAAAGUGACUCGUCUGAGCUUACAGUUUUUUAAUCUUAGAUCUUACAUUAAAUUGGUUUAUAGAUUCGCCAAUCUUUCUCAUUGGGUGGCAACUUUGGUGGUGGCAGCAGGUGAUUUAGGUACAAGAGAGAAAGUGCUUAGUAAGCUCAUCGAAUUGGCUGAUAUAUUAAGCGAUAAGCUCGGUAACCUUAUCUCAUUUAUGGCCGUCAUGGAGGGUCUUGCCUUACCACAGGUAAGUGUUUGAAAUACAUAACACUUCUGUGUGUGUAAUUAUGCGAUAAGCGUGAAGUUCGACUCAUUAACAAUUAUUCCUCGAGCCCGAAUGGGCUCUGAGUCAAUCGGCCUCAUGGGCUAUUGACUCUGAGGCCAUAAGGGCGAGAGGAAUAAUUGUUUUAGUAAAAUCCAACUAGUUGGUCAAAAAUAUCGAGAAAAAAAAAAAGCUAGUUAUAGCUAGACUUUAACCCUUUUUUGCCGCCAAAAAGCACGCGCUUUUCGCUACUAGCGGGCUAUAACAUAUAGCCUAAUAGUAGCUCAACCAAUCAGAACGCAGCAAUGAUAAUAGACCACUAGUUGGAUUUUACUAAAAUGUGUUAGUCGAAGUCUAAUCUCGGUAGAAAGUGUCCAGUCUCGUCGUAUAUCUAUUUACCGGAGUUGACGAUGAGACAAAAAACACGUUAGUGAACAAAAGGGCGCCGGAUUUACCGUAAUCAAGCUCGUUAUGUGAAACGAUGAGCGCUUUCAUUUAUUCCGUGGGUCAGGUCUGGAAGAUUUUCACAAGUUCAUGUACCUUCUGUAUAAGAGUGAUUUCCAUAGUAGUUUUCUCACAGUUACGUUGUUAACUACACAGUUUUCGUAGCUACCAGCCCAUAUCUCUUUCUUUUAGUGAAACAUUGACCCAAGUAUAUGGCUUAAGUCUGGACCGAAGCAAAGUCACUUCACGAAAUAAGAAAAUAUUUGGUAGCAUACGUUCUUCUUUUGCUGUGGGGCUACCGUAUUUACUCGAAAAAGCGCCGCGAUACUUAUUAAAUUUUUGUUGGCUUAAAAGCGGUGCUUAUUCGAGGGCGACGUUAUUGAAAGUUGGACGCGAAAAAGAAUUGUUUCAACUACGGUAUUUUUCUUUUCCCAGUUUAACAGAAUUAAUGUCUUUUGAUUUUGAUUAUAUCAGGGCCGCGGGGCUUAUUCGGGGCGGCGCUUAGUAACGUUUUUUCUUCCAAGUGCGGUGCUUAUUUGACAAAAUACGGUAUGUCAAUACGUGCAAGUUAUUUUGGAAUAGUUACUUUCGUGCAAAACGUCUAACUGUAGUCUUCUUUCUUCGUAAGGUAACGCGUCUUCACCACACGUGGUCCUGCCUUCACCACCGGUGCUGCUCCACGGCUAUUCUCUACCACAGCACCCUCAAGCCCUUGGCUGGUCUUUUGAGCUCAGGUGCUCCCAGUCCUUUCCCUGGAGUGUGCCUUCCUUAUAUCGUCCCUUUAGUUAGAUACAUGGAAAUGACCCCGGAUGAAAUUUUACACGACUGGGCACACUCCGAAGUAGACCUCGGUUUAGAGGUCAUUUUAGCACACUUGGCCUCCGGUCGUGCUCUCACACAGCAGCUAGAAGAGUUCCGCCAAGAAGCUAUUUCUCGUCUGAAAACAAGAGAGUAUGUAGUGAAUGCUCUACUUUUUGAGUAUUUUCAAGAAAAAGUGAACGUUGGGAAUGUACUUGGAUUGGGUCCUGAUCCAUCUAACCGAACAACUAAACUAAAAACCUUGCUACAAUGGCUUUCUGAAAGUGCAGAAAACUCUGCAGUCUCGUCCGCUGGUGUGUAAAGAAGGACCUCAACGUAAGUUUCGUGUACGCCAAAGCAGUCGUAGAUCGUAAGUUUGUGCUGCGUUCGAAUGACUGGGAAAGCGAUGAACCAGUAAGAACCCUAACAUCAUCAUGAAUGCACGUCACGAAAAUCCCUACACCGACAUUUAUUUUGCUGAGGAUGACUAAACAUGUAUUUUUGAAGGACAGCACAUCAAGAUCUAAAGAACUUAUAUCGAGUCUUAAUAUCCCUUUCAAUUCCGAACCAGUUGUUGUUCUUUACUGAUUGCUGACAAAUGUUUCUCUCGUUGGUAAAAUUAGUUUUAGUUGAAGAUUUUGAUUAAAUCAGGUAUAAACUUGUUCGGCUCCAAGACAGUGACCAGUUACAAGGGCCAGUUAUAGAAGUUUUGGUCACUUCGGCACUAUAAAACUUCGAUCUAAUUCUUUUGAUUAUUUCCAACCGAGGCCGGGGGUGUCGCGUUUAGUUAGGUGGCUGAAACGUGAGCCCGCCAGAAUAAGCGUCGACUCACAUCUGGAAGGGAAAUCUUGAGCUUUUUACGGUCAACAAGUGAAGCUGAAAGUUUCAUCCUCAGACUAAAAAGUUACACAAAAUGAUUAAUAGCACCGCGAAAAAAUUGUCUGGUGAAAAUGGUGGGUCUUAAGGAUUUUUAUGGUUUUAAGGCUGAAGGUGUAACUGUAAAAUGCUUGAAUUUUCAAUGUUUUUUUGUUAGUGUUGUUUGAUCGUAAAUAAUGAAAAUUGAAAUACUUUUUUUAAAACGUAUUUUUAUUCCUUAAGCAUCGUUAUUGUGACAGUGUCAUUGUAAAUCAGGGUUCUUUGUGCAUUGUUGGUUUAUUCGUGAUACUUUCCUGACUUCAUAAAAAUGAUUAUUUGAGGUGGCUAACCUUCUUAAAAUAGUUUUGAUUCAUUAUAUUUGUUAAGUUUAGUUCCGUUUCCUUUUUCAGUGAAGGCAAAUUCCUGAUACCUAUAAGGUUAUCAUUCUAUUUUCGAUACGUUGUUCAAUAUUGUUUGUUUUCUAGAUAAAACCGAUACAGAAUUGAGCAAAUAUUAUCUUAAGAUUAUUGACGCAAAUGUGUUGUACACUUUUAG